UCUUCGUUCGCUUUACUCUUUAUUUUCUCCCUUUUCCCAAAAAAAUUUUAUUUUGUUCGAAUCUAAUUCUAAAGAGCUUCCAAAAAAAAAAAUCUAAAGAUCUAUAGAUCCAAAUCCAGUGAAUCAAUAUCUGCUUCUCUUCGAUCGUCUUUGUCACCUUGAAUCUUAGAAUUCAAGAAAGAGAAGCUACAGAAUGGCAGCCUCUGCAGUAGCUGCAGUCACCGCAGUUAUAACUCUACUUGAUAAGGUGCUACAGUUCGUCAAGAAUAGGUCUGAUGGCUAUAGUGCUAACAUUGAAGAUGUAAAGCGUUUGUUUUGUACGUUGAUAGCUUACCUGACCGACACAGAAGGAGUAGAAGCUACGGAAGGUUUGAUGGAUCGAGUGGAUCAAGUGAGGGAUGUAGCAAAUGAGACUAAAGAUGCAAUUACAGAGUUCAUGUAUCAUGUUCCUGAGCACUGCCAUGAUUAUUGGUUCACCAAAACCUGUCAUGAUGUUGCUCACUUUUUUAAGGACUUUGUUCCAUUACAUCAAUUUUCCUCACGGAUGAAAGCUAUCAAAAGAAAACUUAAGGCCAUCGAUGAGUUGGAUCGACUUCGCGUUGGUACCUUUGGAGCUACUUCAAGUUCAAGUGCUGGAAAGGUCCCUUUAAGGACUUAUUCUUUUUCCAGAAAUGAUCACCUUCUUGUGGGUAUUGAGGAGAAUAAAAAGGCACUUCUGAGUCUUGUUUGCCGUGAAGAAUCAAAGGACAUGGUAAUUUCAGUAAUCGGAGAUGCUGGCUCAGGUAAAACCGCUCUUAUUCGUGAAGUCUAUCAAAUGAUUAAAGGAAAUUUUAAUUGCAAUGCUUGGGUUUCCGUCCUAUCCUCUUGUGAGGGCUUGAUAGAGAAUCUUUGUGAGGAAUUGUGUUUAUCUGUUGGACCCGCAAAUAAAAUGAAGAGGUUGCACUCUUAUUUACAGCCACAAAGUUACCUCCUUGUUUUUGAUGGUAUUUGGACCGAAGAUGAGUUGGGUUGCAUUAAAAAUGUAGUUCCUGAUAACAAUCUAGGUGGUAGAAUACUUAUCUCCACCCGUAAUCGCAAUUUAGCUUCUUAUCGUGCAAGAUCUAGGGAUUGUUCCUAUGAUCUUAAACUCUUAACAGAGUUUGGGUCUUGGCAGCUCUUUUGUAACAAGACCUUCGGGGCUACUGGCUGCCCAAAUUUCUUGGUUGAUUGUUCUGAGAAAAUUGUGAAAAGAUGUGAAGGGUCGCCGCAUGUAAUUGUUGCAGUUUCCGACUUCUUGUCAAAUAAGCCACAUACUCUGAUGGAGUUCAUGAAUGUCCAUGAUAGCCUUAAGUAUGAACCAGGAGAUCAUGUCGGUCAUUCCUGCUAUUCAAUUUUAUCUACGAGUUAUUACCGUUUGUCAUCCAUUCUUAAGUAUUGUUUCUUGUCCUUUCGUUUUUUCCCUGAGGAUUACUCUAUCCCAAGUGAAGAACUGGUUUGGCUGUGGAUAGGUGAUGAGAAAAUCGAGCAAAAACGAGGUAAAACUCUGAUGCAGGUGGGGUAUGAGUACUUAGAGAAGCUAGUUCAGAUGAGCUUGGUUCAAGUAAUCACAAGGGAUUUUGAUGGGCGUGUAAAAAGUUGUCGAGUUUCUAAUCUUGCAAGAGGUUUCAUCAUUUCCAAGUCUGAGAAGGAUGACUCCUUUACUGUUCUCAGACCUCCACACACUAGUUUGGAUGGUGGGAAGCCUCGCCAAUUAUCUCUCCAGAAUUGCUCCCUCUCUAUGUUACAAAACAAAGAUUUAUCUUAUGUUCGUACAUUAUCUGUGUUUGGGGGAGGCGAUUCAUCUGAAUCUAUACCCAAAAGCCUUUUUUACAACUUCAGGUAUUUGUCGGCUCUAUUUUUGGAAAAUGUAGCUUUGCAUUGUUUUCCUAAAAAAGUUUUCCAACUCACCCUUCUAACGCACCUAAGGCUGAGGAAUACCAGGAUAAAGUCAGUUCCAAAAUCUAUUAAGAAGCUUCAGAAUUUAAGGAUUUUCACACUUGAAGAAUCUCUUGUCACCAGUUUGCCCAGGGAGAUCAUUCAACUUCGCAGCUUGCUCCGUUUGUCUGUUGGUUGCCAAGGCAUAAAUGAUGUUGCUGUAGGAGUGGAAGUGUUUCUAAGAAGUGGGUGUUUUACAUCAUUACAAAUCCUGUCACUUAUCAAGGCAAACUACAAAAACAAGAGCAUUGUAAAAGAGUUGGGGAACUUGACUAAUCUGACUGAACUUAGGAUCACAGAACUCAAGAAAGAAGAUGGAAAAGAUUUUUGUGCAUCCAUUGAGAUGAUGGAACAUCUUUCUUCUUUGGAUGUGAACUCGGCAAGCAAUGAGGAGUAUCUUGAUUUGGGCUAUGUAAUGAAGCUUCCUAAGCUGCUUAAAAAUCUAUAUCUCGGAGGGAGGUUGGAGGAAAUUCCAGCAUGGAUUUGCAGACUUGAUAGUUUGUUAAAACUAAUUUUGAAAGGAUCAAAACUGCAAACGAAUCCACUUGAGGCCCUUCAGGUUUUGCCUUCUUUGGAAGUGCUCCAUCUACAUGAUGCUUACAAUGGUCAGGUGCUGAAAUUUAGUGCUAAAUCAUUUUUGGAAUUGAGGGUGUUAGAAAUUGAAAAUUGCAGUCAAUUAGACAUUGUUGUGAUUCCAGGAAGAGCAAUGCCUAAACUUCAGAAGCUGAUUGUAAAAAACUGUGGCCUUACCAGGGUUCACAUAACGAAGAAAAUGCACAGCCAGCUGGAGGAAGUGCUUGUUCCACCAGGCCUUCUAUGUUUCCCUGUUGCAAUUAACUGAAAAUAAGAAACAUUGUGGUUGAAGCACAUCUGUGAUUGAGAUUUAAAGCUCUGGGGGGAGAAUUGACAUAACCUUAUAUUCAUGGAGUCCAGGCUGGAUUAUUAGUUAUUUAUGCAAUGCUUGGAACUUUUCAUAUUUGGAGACCUUUUGUCAUUAGAGAUUUCUAUUUUGUUAUUAUGUUCUUUUCUAUACGGAAUUGCUAAGAUUACUUGUAUUUUUGAGAUUUUAUUGUGGAGAUACUUUGAACUUGAUUCUUAACAAGGUUUGGCUUUGCCUAA